GGAGACUCAGAUAUCAGCGCUCUGCGCGCAACAGGACGCACCGAAAUCACUCCGAGGAGGAAUAUACUCUUCUAUUUGAGUCAGUUCAUUAUUUGAGACGUUUUCUCUCAAAGUAAAAAGCUGUGAAAGAAAUGAAAGCGUGGCGAGUUCGGUUUCUGUACUUUCUGGUGUUGAACGCUGCUGUGCAAUAUGUGACGUCCCUGGAAGAAGAGCUCGCCAAUUCUAUUUCUGGUAGCUUCCUCGACCCUCUGAGGGACCUGUUUGACCCUAAGGAUGACAAAAAUCAAACUACUGCCAAAUUCUCCCUCCGUAAACCAUCCCAUCCUGACGAUGACCUGUGCUACAUUUUUCCUGGUAACCCUGACUCCCUGACUGCCUGCACCUUCAACAGCACCUCCAAAACCUUUUUAGUGAUCCAUGGAUGGACGGUUAGCGGCUUGUUUGAAAGCUGGGUGGCUAAGCUUGUGUCAGCGCUGUAUGAGCGAGAGCAGACGGCUAACGUGAUCGUGGUGGACUGGCUCUACUCGGCACAGAACCACUAUGGGGUGGCAGCUCAGAACACCAAAGCAGUGGGACAGGAGGUCGCUCGCUUCAUCGAUUGGAUCAAGGAAACAACCAAUAUGCCUCUUGAGAACCUCCACCUGAUCGGCUACAGCCUUGGGGCUCAUGUGGCAGGAUUUGCUGGAAGCCAUGCAACCAAUAAAGUUGGAAGAAUAACUGGCCUGGACCCAGCCGGUCCUGACUUUGAGGGGGAGCAUGCCCACGGGCGUCUCUCCCCAGAUGACGCUGAUUUUGUGGACGUGCUCCACACCUUUACACGGGGCACGCUGGGUUUCAGCAUCGGGAUCCAGCAGCCUGUCGGCCAUGUUGACAUUUACCCCAAUGGAGGCAGCUACCAGCCGGGAUGUAACCUCAGGGGAGCCUUGAAGAAGAUCGCUAACCUUGGGAUUUUUGCUAUCACAGACGCAGUGAAAUGUGAACACGAGCGCUCCAUCCACCUCUUCAUCGACUCGCUGCUGAACGAGCAGGAAGCAGGAAAGGCAUACAGAUGCAGCAACAGCGACACAUUCAAUCGUGGCAUGUGUCUCAGUUGUCGAAAAAGCCGCUGCAACGCGGUCGGCUACGGCAUCAGCAAGGUCCGCAGGGCGCGCAACGUUCAGAUGUUCACUAACACGCGAGCCUCCAUGCCUUUCAGAGUUUACCACUAUCAGCUGAAGAUCCACUUCCUCAGUAACGUUGACCAUUCAGAGAUGGAGCCCUCGCUCACCGUCUCGCUGUACGGGACAAAAGCAGAGGCCGACAACCUGGAGCUGAAACUAAAGGAGAAAAUCGCAACAAAUAAGACACAGUCCUUCCUCCUGGCAACGGAGAAAGAUAUUGGAGAUCUCUUGAUGCUGAAGUUUAAAUGGGAGCAGACAAACGGGUGGUCAGCCUCCAACAUGUUGAAGAUGGUUUCUUCUUUGUGGUCGGGUGACUCAGAAAACACUGACGUAAAGGUUCACAAAAUCCGCAUCAGAGCUGGAGAGACUCAAAAGAAGAUGGUGUUCUGUGUAAAAGACACUAAAGCUCAGGACUUGAGGUCACAAGAGGUCACAUUUGUAAAAUGUAAGGAUUCAUGGAGGUCAAACUCAAAAAGAUCUACAAAAAGAAUCACUCUGGAGAACCACUGACCUUCAAGACGAAUGUCCUUCGAUCCAUUUGAGCACUUAAAAAUAACUUAUACACUUGUAACUUAUUUUAUCUCACAAUAACACAAAAGUCAUGAAAGAAUGUUCAUUAUUUAAAACAAUGUCUAGGUGAAUACUGUAAAAAUAUUUUUUAAAGAGCUGUUGUUUUUUUACUUCCUAGUUGUACAACAAAAGUGAAUGUUAUCUUCUUUUGUUCAUAUAUUGUGUCCAAAGAAAGGAAUACUGUUUUUUGCUCCAUUCAGAGCCUCACAUACUAAGAGGAAUGAGUAACGUUUACCUGAAUGGUUUUACAGGUAUUGAAGUCCCAUCGUGUAAAAUACCUUGUGUCACACUUCAUAGUUAGAGCAAUUACUGUGAAGGUAAACAUUCUCCUGGAGGUCAAAAAAAGAGUUAGACAUGGUGGUAAAUAUGAAUUUCCUUAAUUGCUAUAUGCAUUGGGGUUCCGUUUAUUUCCCUGUGUCAUUUUUAACAGAGCAUUCACCGCUGUGGCCCUCAGCACUGUAUGUGACUGUGGGAUCUGUACCACUGUGCCUUAGCUUAGUCUGAAGUAAGCUGCUGCAGUCAGAACUUAACUCCAUGUGCCUUGCUGCUGUUGUGCACAUUUUUGUAUUUUUAGUGUUGUCGUCUUUCUUUGUAACUUUUACUGAAACAUCUCAACUUGUAAAUGUUGUUUGAAACACUUUUGCAUCUUUUUAUUCUUUUUACGGCUACACCACUGCAACACGACAUGUUACUUGGAGGCUGCUACCUCAAAGAAUUGUCCAACAUUUUGUCGACCAUGGCUCUAUUAAAAUGGCUGAAAUAAACGGGGUACAUGUGUGAGGAGAAUGGUACAGUUUAUGUCAAUGUUAGCAUUUUGUUGCACUGUCUAUCUCAAGUCCUUCUUAGCUGCAGUUUUCUGUGCAUGUGGCUUUUUGAGUCUCGACGAACGCUCAUUAAUCCAUAAUUACAUUUCCAGUUUUGUUAGCAGUGUUUCAACCUUGGCUCUUGAGAGAUCGGUACUGUAAUCAUUGUGACUUCAUUUUCACCUAUUUAAAAAGGUGUGGACUUGUUUUUUUUAUUUUUGCACUGAAAACAGGCGAAGAGAAUGCUUAACAGUGUUACCUGUACAGUAAUGUAAAUACUAAAUACAGAUGACUGAUGUAGUACUAUGGAACACUGUUAGUCUGUAACCUUUGUACAUAUUUGUGAAUAUUCACUGUACUGUAUACAUUUCUCUAUUAAACCAAAAUGAGAGAACA